GUUACCAACAUGAUGAUGGUGUUACUACUAAUCUGGAUAAGGGGGUACCCAAGUUACCCUAUGAUGAGGGAUGGAUACAAGAUCAUAGCUCUAAACUGAGUCAGACUAGUAUUCAUGCAUUGAGGAGAGUAUUAGUAGUACGAGAAUGGGAAGAGAAGAGCAU